AUGUCAAAGGGAGACAACAAAGCCGAAUACUUCGUUAAGUUAGAAAAGCUUCUCAAGGAAUACCACACUAUCUUCAUUGUCAAUGUUGAUAAUGUCGGUUCCAACCAAAUGCACCAAGUCCGUAAGGAACUUCGUGGUAGAGCUGUUAUUCUUAUGGGUAAGAACACCAUGGUCAGAAAAGCCAUCAGAAACGUUCUUCACGAACACCCAGAUUUCGAAAAGCUCCUUCCAAUUGUUAAGGGUAACAUUGGUUUCGUUUUCACCAACGAAGAUCUUAAGGAAAUCCGUGAUGCUAUUAAGUCUAACCGUGUCCAAGCCCCAGCCAGAGCUGGUGCCAUCGCCCCAGUCGAUGUCUUCGUUCCACCAGGUAACACCGGUAUGGAACCAGGUCAAACUUCUUUCUUCCAAGCUCUUGGUAUCCCAACCAAGAUUUCCCGUGGUAGUAUUGAAAUUGUUAACGAAGUCCACCUUGUCAAGAUCGGUGAAAAGGUCGGUCCUUCUGAAGCCACUUUACUUAACAAGUUAAACAUUUCCCCAUUCACUUACGGUCUUACCGUUGAACACAUUUACGAUAACGGUAAUGUCUUCACUCCAGAAGUUCUUGAUAUUACUGAUGACGAUUUAAUUGAAAACCUUGUUAACGGUAUUAAGAACAUUGCUGCUCUUUCCUUAGAAAUUAGCUACCCAACUGUUGCCUCUGUUCCACACAGUUUAGCUAACGGUUACAAGAACCUUAUUGCUAUCUCCUUAGUCUCUGACUACUGUCUUGACAGCGUUAAGGAACUUAAGGAACUCCUCGACAACCCAGAAGCUUUAGCUGCUAUGCAAGCUGCUUCCUCUACCAACGCUGCUGCCGCUGAAGAAACUACUGCUGCCGCUGCCGAAGAAGAAGAAGAAGAAGAAUCUGACAGUGAU